AAACUUUGGAAAAGUUGUGCAAAACGGAAAUGGAAAAACAAACGGGGAAAUGCGCUUUUCUUUUAGGAAACCCGUGAGCCGCUGAAGAGCAGGGAUGUUAAAAAGACCGAGGAAUCCAAUAUGAAUUAAAGGAGUCGUUCAGGUUGAAUUGUGGAGAUGUUUUUGUUGAGCGAUGGUUGUUGUACAAUUAUGAGCGCGCUGCUGUUUUUUGCACGAGCUCUUGUCAUCAAUGCAGCAUUAUCCAUCGACCAUCAGGAGAAAUUACAGCGCAAAAAAGAUAUGAAGCGCAGUAUCAGUUCUUCACAGGAGUACGAAGAGGACGAUAUAUCAGGCCACGCCCCGUAUACCUUAUUUGGUCAGUGGGCGGGACGGAGAAGAACCCGACACGCCGCACAGCAGAGCGAGAAGAAGCCUUUAGCGUUUGGAGUCUCCUUCUACAAGUGUGCUCAGGUGGACCCGUCCGGCCGUGUGCAGGUGCGUCUGCAGGUCAGUAGUCCUCCUCAGGGAGGUGAUCUGUCCCAGCUCUGUAUCCGUGACUCUGUGUCGGGGGUCACUCUGCUGCAGACCAACGGCAGCGUCCAGGAGACGGGCUUCCAGACCUUCAGCGCAGACUCCCUACGAGCUGGCUCUCAGUAUGUGGUUUUGUACAGGAUGAGUGUGCGAGGAAACAAGACUCUCCAUCUCCCAGCGUAUCUGACCUUCUCCAAUUCCACUCAGAAUGACAUUCAUCUGUUUGGUCCAGUGAUGGCCAAUUUUACUGUGAGCGUAAACAGAAUUGAACCGGCUGGUGUCGACCGCUCUCUUGUCCUGGUGGGGUUUGUGGUCUCGUUUCUCCUGACACUGCUGCUGGUGUUUCUUGUUGUGGUCAGUGUGAACGUCCUGCGGCGCAAACGACUGCACGGCUGCGCUUCACACACGAGAAGCAGCAUAAAUGAAGAGGCGGGGCCAUAUGAGUGUGACAUCACUGCAGCAGCCAAUGAGGAGGCGGCGUUUGAGGAUAAGUUUGUGGAUAUUGUGAUGUUAGAGGAUCCACAAAACAUGAUUCAAGCACUUGACAGUCUGCAGGUGUCGUGUGUGUUGCGCGCGGCGGUGUGUGUGGAGCAGGUGCGGGUGCAGAUGUUCAAGGGUCUGCUGGCGGUGCUGCUGGCGGGUGUUCGGGCAGCCGGGCGUCUGAGCGAUCGGGGCGAGAGGCGGGUUCUGGGGGUCAUUAAUGGGCAGAUCGUGGGCAUGGAAGGGAAGGUUCAGGAGGAGCAUGUUGGGCGGAUGGCAGCGCUCGCCGCUCGCUGUAAUCUGGAGACUCAGGAGGAGAUGGAGACACAGCAGCACAAACACCUGAGUGAGACGACACACACCGAGCGGCUGCUGCAGCACGCGCCGCACACACAGGACGUGCUGGAGGUUCGUUCUCUGCUGGAGAAGCUUCAUAAGGAAGAGCUGAAGCGUCUGCGGAAGCGGCUCCUGGUCAGGCAUGAACACGCGUCUGCGCAGGCACAGAGACGGCAGGCGCUGCAGCGGCGCUUCGAGCUGCACAAGAUCUUCGGCGAGGAGCUGGAGGAGGCCGUCCGUACGGGAGAGCUGGAGAAGAGCUCCGCAGAUACGCUCCUGCUGCAGUACUACAGCCGUCAGGAUGCUCUGGAGGAGGUGCUUGAUGUCCUUCUGGCCAAUCAGAGAGCACUGCUGGCUGAGCGACACGUGCAGCGCCGCUUCCUGCUGCAGAGUUUCCAGAGUCUUCAGGUCGUGACGAGCGAGGCCUUCAGCAGCAGCAUGAGACGCAUCCGAGACGCACAAGCCCACGGGGAGUGUGGUUUCUCGCAACAGUUUUCUGAUAUUCAGUUGGAGAUUCUGCGGGUCAAACAGAAUUUAGAAGAAAGCGUGAGUCGUGAGCGCAGUGCCGUCCGCUGUGACACCAUCAAGAGGAGACGUCAGCUGCUGUCUGAGAAGGUGUGUGAUCACUGGACUCAGCUGCAGGCCGCGAGCGCUUCCUCUGACCUCACAGCCGCUCAGUUCCUGCAGAGGUGGACUGACUUACUGAUGUACCAGAACAACGAGCUGUCAGAACUCAUCAACCGUCUGGAUGAAGAGACUGCGGGCCGGACACGCAAGAUGAGUCUGUGUUUGCUGCAGAGUCUGCUGACGGAGCUGAAGGAGCACGCAGCCGCUCGGUGUCCAGGAGCUGCGCAGAUGCUGCCGCAGACGGAGCAGAUUCAGGAGCGUCUGCAGCGUCUGGGGAAAGCGGCGGCCCACGAGCUGCGAUCCGCUCAGAGCCGCAUCCGACGACAGCAGCAGAGAGAGCUGCAGGAACAGAGGAGCAUCAGAGACGCCUUCAGAGAAUACUGCAGCUGUGUGUGUGUGUCUCUGCGCUCUCUCUCUACGGAGCAGCGUCUGCGUCUGCAGCUGGAGUGUGUGAAGGCUGCGUGUCGUCUGGAUCGCUGUCUUGCUCUUCCACACACUGUCUGUGAGCUCAAACAGUACGACCCCGUCGUGACCCCUACAGAGGAAACGGCCUCAGAGAGGUCAGAGGUCACAGAGCUGCAGUGUUUUCAGAGGCGUCUGCAGGAGCGACUGGAGCAGAGCGACACACAGAGCGACGCACCGCAGCAGGUUUGGCACGAGGCGUGUGUGUUUCAGGAGCAGCAGCUGCGUGAGUGUCAGGAGUGUGUGGCUGUGUUUGUGGCGUCGCUGCAGUGGGAACAUGCCGAGAAGAAAACAAAAGUGAAGGAGACACAUACAGCCCUGCUGCAACUACAGACACUCCUCAAACCAGAGAUACUACACACUGACCUCACACACACCGUCAACACACACCGCCUGGCUCUUGAGGAGGUGGAGCUCCGGCUUCAAUGGGAGGAGCUAAAGUGGAAGGAAUCAGGGCGGAGCUGUUUGACCUCUGAUGAUGAUGAUGAUGAAGAUGUGUUUACGGGGGACGGUGGAGUCGCUGCUGUCCUGCAGGAGGUGCUCUUCAGGAGGCAGCUUUUGAUUGACAGGGUGCUGUGGAGGAAUCAGAUGGUAGAGCAUCAGAAAGAUCAACUCCAGCUGAAGAGACUGCAGACUUACUGCAAGCAGGAUCUGGAGUUUACAGCAGCGUUGGUCAAACAGUCUCUGAUGUCUGUUCCUGUUCUCCACAAAGUCCUGCGGCUCCUGCUUCCUACAGUACCUGAAGGAGAACUGCUGUCACUCGUAGAUGUACUAGGACCUGGAGCAGGGGAAUCAGAAAGCUGCUCGACUGUGGGAGACAGACUGAGACACGACAUACUGAGCAGAAGUCUGUGUGACGCUCCUCAGCACAGAGACCGGUUCCUCAAGAAGCGUCAGAGGCUCCUCGACAAGCUGUUGUCCGGCACCGGAGGAUCUGGAGAUGCUGGGGAGACUCGGAGGAAACGCCGUCGCCGACCAGAACCUUCUGAGGAGAUGGAGACAGGGCCUGAGAUGAGGAGCGGCAAGGGGGUGUGGCCUGAGAGUGUGGCUGCAGACGAGGGGGCGUGGUCUGGAGGCGUGGCUCAGGACGGUCUCCUCUCUAUGAGGGCUGGUAGUAAAGGGGUGUGUCCAGAGGGCUUAACUGCAGUCGAGGGGGCGUGGUCUGGAGGCGUGGCUCAGGACGGUCUCCUCUCUAUGAGGGCUGGUAGUAAAGGGGUGUGUCCAGAGGGCUUAACUGCAGUCGAGGGGGCGUGGUCUGGAGGCGUGGCUCAAGACGGUCUCGUCGAUGCCGAGCCGCUGUUUGUUUUCCGAUCCAUUGCUCCUGAAGCCCGGCAGCAGACGCAAGCAUUUCUCUCACGCAAGAAGAAACGCAACUUCCUGAACUUCAAGAAGAGCAGUGUGGCUCCUCAGCCAAACACGUGACGUUACCUCACAAAGCAUCAAGGGAAUGUAAUUAGUUCUUUUGUGCAUCUAUCGUUCUUUUAUCAGGGGUGUUCUGUCAACAUCAUACAGAUGUUUGUGUGUUUUUCUGCUUCACAACUACCUGCAAUGAUCAGGUAAGAUGAUUGACAUGCAAAAACAAACAAAAAAUACUUUUUUAUUAGCAACCUUUUUAUUGUUAACAACCAUGAUCAUUUCGAAAGGUAAUAAACAGAUUUCUGACACUUGGA